AUGAGACAAGGCUCUGUGAUCGAUUCAGAAAACGAUAGUGUUCACGAAGACUCCUUUUCUGAAGUGUCGGACGAUGAUUCUCCGUCGAAAGUACCAAACGUUAAACUUCCAGUAACCAGUGAUACCUUACAAGAAGACUGUUUUGCUAUAGUUAAGUUUUUGUACAACGAAGGGACCAAAAAAGAAACUACCAAAGAAUUCGUUGCGCAAAUUGAAAAAGUUGCAAAAAGCUAUAUUGCUGUGAACUGUCUUAGAUCUUAUAAGGGUCACAAAGAUUCCUUUGUUUUUCCGGAAGUUGAAGACAAAAGCAAGAUAAAACUUCAACAAGUCCGCAGUAUUUUAAGUGCGCCUAGAAUCCAUCGAGGCGUCCAUGUGUUUGAAGCUCCAUCUGUGGCCGACUUGGAAGAUGCUGGGCCUUCUGGGUUAAUAAAAGAAUCCUUCAUCUCUUCAUCACCAGCUACUGUUACAGAUUCUACUCUAUGUUCACCCUCUACAGUUGCCCACAUUUUUGCUAAAGCAAUACGUCAAAAAAGAUCCAUGACAAGUGAAAUCCAAGUCGUAAAAAAACCAACACCCCGUUUAAAGCAGUUGAGGUAUGGAGAGGUAGUAACGACGGAAGAGGUAGCUGCUAGGUUCAGAGAAGCUGAGAAUAGGAAAAUAAAACGGCCGAAAAUAGUCCAGACAUCAAGAACUAGCGAAACGAACCUCGCAGGAAAGAAGUUAAAGAAAAAAUCUGAAAGUUCUUCCGACGACGAUGACAUAAUUUCUCUUCACGAUGAAUCCGACGAUUCCAAGUUCGUCAAUUCCGAUGAGGAUUCAACAUUUAUGGGUUCAGAAGAAAGAAACUUGGACAUUGCACAAGAAAACAAGGAAGCCGAAGUCGAAAGCUAUGAUAAUUCGGACGAAACAGAAAUGGACAUGCCACUUGCAGAACUGCGUAAAAAAAUAGAAAUUAAAGUUGGAGAUUUUGUAAUUGUGAAGUUUAUUUACAAUCUCGGCACUAAAAAAGAGAUCGGGAAAAAUUUUGUUGCAGAAAUAGUUGAAUUGGAUAAUAUAACGGCUAAAUUUUUGAGAAAGUUCAGUAAAGAAACUGCUACCUACAUAUUUCCGUUGGUGGAAGAUAAGCAAGUGAUUAUUUUUGACCAAAUAUUAGCUAUUGACUGCGAGGAUGGUACAAGUAUUAAUUUGGACAAAGUUUGCUCGGAAAAGGAUCAUGGUGGUGUAUUGGAGGCGAACAAUGAAAGUGUAUAUUCAAUUAAGUUAAAUAAUGAUGUUUUGAUGCUUCAAACAUCAAAUGCGCAGGAACUUCCUAGUGCUGAAGAACCUCAUUGCAAUUUUGUGAACUCCGGUGUAGAGACAUAUACAUUAAAAGUUGAAAGAGCCUCUGAACCAACUGAAGGAUUGCAAACAUGUGGCAUCUAUGAACAAAUGAAGGCAUGCCCACAUCCAUUUAAAGAUGUAUUUUGUAACGACAAGAUAAUAGAAACAUCAGAAGUUCUUGGAAAAAUAUUUGAUAUUGAAUACAAUGAGGCAGGUUCCAACAGACGACAAAUCGAAAAUAGGGUAAUUUCUUAUUUCAGAGAUUACAUAUUGGAUUGCGAAGAAUUACCGGAAGUGCUGAUGAUUGAUGAGGAGGCAGAAGUGGAAGAAGUUGAAGAAGCUGAACAGCUGGAACAACUUGGAGCUGAACCUGAACCUGAAGAGGUUGAACAGCUGGAACAACCCGGAGGGUGUAAAGGAAGAUCUAGAUUUUUGUGUCCAAGAUCACUGAAGAUCGAUAUUCCACAAGAUUAUUUGGUGGAUGCAAUUAUAACAGGUAUCAAUAAUGAAGAUGUAGUUCGCGCAGCCAGGUCGUCUAAAUUUAGUGAUACUAACGAACUGUAUGCUUAUCUGAGUACCCUAAACAACUUACCCCAAAAUUUCACUAGAUUAGAAAGAAAGCAAUUCGUUUAUCAGCCCAGUACAUCUGCAGCGGAUGCGAAAAAUUCCGUUAAUAGCAAUAACAAAGUUUCAAAAGGCGUAAUUUGCUUUAAUUGUCAAGGGCAGCACUACUUCAAAAACUGCCCUAAACCUAAAUUAGAAUGCUUUCACUGCAAAAAAUUAGGCCACAAGCAAAAUCAAUGUCCUUUGAAAUCGACAAAGAAUAGUUUUAAAAACAGCGUACACGCAGUAGAUAAAACUGGAGAGCCAAAUCCAUACAUAAUGCCUGUUAAUCUGAAUGGAAUUAAGUUCAAAUGCUUGGUAGACACUAGCAGCACCCGCACGUUGCUAAAACGAAGUGUUAUUGAGAAAUUGGGACUUCGAAUCGAAAAUAAUGAUAUUGGAAAACUGGUAUUGCGAGGUUUUUCUGGAAAUUUGGUAGUGAGUGAGGGCACUGUGGCAGUUAGGAUACGAAUGGACAACGCUUGUGCUGAAUUGGAAGUAAUAGUACUCGAUGACGAGCAAAUGAUGCAUGACUUCAUAUACUUAAUCCCUCCUUUUUCCAAAGUGGUUGGGGUCAACCACGAUGCAGGAUGGCCGAAUGUAAAGCAAUUAUGCUAG